GAGGAAAGCUGUUUCCGCGCGGUAACUUGGAGCGAUGCUCUUACGGACGGUACUACUAGGAGGUCCUCGAUUUUUGCUGGCAUCCCGUCAAGGAAAUUCUUCUGGCCAGCAAUGUCUCAGGUGGUGGCAGCUCCUGCAGAAACGGACACAACACAGUGCAGUUUCAGAAGCAGCUUCACAUUCCAGAGUGGCAGCACCACCUGUCCCCAAUGUUGUGAAAGACCGAAUAGUAGGACAUUGGCUCCUAAUCUGCAGCGGUACUGUGGCUGGAGCUGUGGUACUUGGUGGCAUAACCAGGUUGACAGAAUCUGGGCUUUCAAUGGUUGACUGGCACUUAGUGCGGGAGAUGAAGCCUCCUCAAACGCAGGAGGACUGGGAGGCAGAAUUCCUAAAGUAUCAGCAAUUUCCAGAGUUUAAAAUCCUGAACCAUGACAUGACACUGACAGAGUUCAAAUUCAUCUGGUACAUGGAGUACUCACAUCGUAUGUGGGGGCGACUGGUAGGGUUGGCUUACAUCCUUCCAGCAGCCUACUUCUGGAGAAAGGGCUACUUGAGCCAAUCCUUGAAAGGUCAUGUCCUUGCCCUGUGUGGGCUUGUCUGCUUUCAGGGUCUUUUGGGCUGGUAUAUGGUCAAAAGUGGAUUAGAGGAAAAGCCAAAUUCCUACGAUAUCCCUCGGGUCAGUCAAUAUCGUUUAACUGCACAUCUGGGAUCUGCUCUUGUUCUUUACUGCUACAGUUUAUGGACUGGGCUAUCCUUGUUGCUACCACAACAUAAGCUACCUAAAAUCCACCAACUAUUACGCCUGAGAAAAUUUGCUUAUGGGACAUCAGGACUCAUCUUUCUCACUGCCCUCUCAGGAGCAUUUGUGGCUGGACUGGAUGCUGGUCUUGUAUAUAAUUCCUUUCCAAAGAUGGGAGAACGCUGGAUACCUGAUGAUCUCCUUGCUUUUUCCCCAAUGGCAAAGAAUAUAUUUGAGAAUCCCACAACAGUGCAGUUUGAUCACAGAAUCCUGGGUAUUUCCUCAGUUGCAGCCAUCACAAUUCUCUAUCUACUUUCCAGGAAGAUCUCUCUCCCACGUAGAACUAGAAUGGCAUUUGCUUCCUUAUUGACUGUAGCAUAUCUUCAGGUCACCCUGGGUAUCAGCACAUUACUUCUGUAUGUCCCAACUCCUUUAGCAGCUACUCAUCAAUCAGGUUCUUUGAUGUUGCUCAGUAUGGCUGUGUGGCUAAUUCAUGAACUCAGAGGGAUUCCUAAAUAGGUCAAGCCUUGAAUAUUCAGAAUUAACACCUAUACAAUAUGAACCAUGUGAUCCUCUGCCUGAAGAAUGAAUUGAAGAAGAGGACUGUAUAGAUUGCUACCUUGGCUUCAUUGAUGUGGAGAACACUGCUUCAAAACAAGAAUACAAACCAUUAUCUGUUUUGCUGGCCUUUUUCACUUUAUAAAAUUAUUGAGAUUAUAUCUGGAAAAAAUGAAAGAUUGUUUUGGCUAUUCCUCAUGUCCUGCUAUACACUUCAUUGAAGAUAAAACCACAAAUAAUUUCAGUGGUGUCUAUCCUUAAAUUCUGUAUAUGAAAGAUGGCAUGAUGUAGAAUAGGAUUAUGGAAUGAGUGGCCUUGGAAAUUUGGAAGUAUUUGUAUUAUGUGAAGGAUGGGAAAAUGCAGUUUAUAUUCUAAAUUAUAUGCAACUAUGUGCUUUCAUAUUUCUUUUAGUGGAAUCUUGUUCAUUUUUAAAUAUUAACAUAUAGUGUAUUAUGAGUUCUAAAUAAACAUGAUAAACGUU